CACAAAAAUGGAUGCUGUAAAUAAAGAAUCUAAUUAUUCGGACGAAAAUAAUUUGUUUUUGAAAGAUAGUCGGGGUUUAUGGAUGCCGGAUAAAGUUAAAUCACAUCUAUUACUCCGACACGGAUAUAUAACUGAGAAAAUUCUCUAUCGUGAGGAUCGCUGCGUAAUUAAGAAAGCCAAGAAAAUUGAUAAUGAUGAUAUUCAAUUUGUUGUGAAAAUUGUUAAAAAAAAUAAGGUCGAUCCAAUAAUUACUUUAAAUGAAAUUAGGUGCUUGCAAAGAAUUCGACAUCAUUUAGUGGUGAGUUUUAUAGAUGCCAUUGAAACAGACGACGCAUUUUACUUGAUACUCGAAAGAGCCGAAAAUGGGAAUCUUCUCAAUUACGUCAACAAACAGAAACAUCUUUCAGAAGUUGAAGGCCGAAGACUUUUUGUACAAUUGUUAAAUGCUAUAGAAAUUUGUCACAAGUAUAAAAUUUGUCAUAGAGAUAUUAAAUUAGAGAAUAUUUUAUUGGAUAAAGAACUAAAUUUAAAACUGACAGAUUUCGAUUUAGCUGCUUCCGAUUGUAAUCUUAAGAAACUGAAUGCUCCUUAUGGAAGCUAUGGAUAUGUCGCUCCAGAAAUAUUGUUGGAACCUAAGUAUAAUGGGUAUAAAGUAGAUGUAUGGAGUGCAGGUAUAUGUCUUUAUGCAAUGUUAUGUGGAAGACUUCCUUUCAUCCAUAUGCAACAGAGAGAUAUAUAUCUGGAGGCAAUUAACAAGAUAACUUUUAGGAUACAAAUUAGUAAUGAAAGUCGUGAUUUAAUCUAUCACAUGCUCAAUCCCGACCCAAAUUUGAGACCGUCAUUGCGAUCUGUGCGCCUUUGGAAAUGGAUAAGGGAACCAACAAAACUAGUCAAUACAUCGAAGUUAUUCGUAAAAUCUAACUCGAACAAAAUUUUGAAAUUUGAUUAUCGACCGGAACACGAAUUAACUUUAAAUCAAAACUCUGCUUCUCAUUUAACUUUCAACAAAGUUUCGAGAUUCGUAAAGAAGAGCAAAGAAAUAAUUGCAAAAUCUGAAAAGUAAUUAUUUUGAAAUAUUUUAUGCGUCUAUGUAAAUAGCUUACAAAUGUAUACUUAUUAGGGGCAUGGAAAGAUAGGACAAAGGGAGCACGUCCGAGAUGAUGGGACGCCAAAAUUCUAAAAUAUAUUCAUAAAAAACUCGCAUUUGAGAAUGAAAAAUUAUAUGAUCAUGUACUGGUAUACUGUACAUUUUUCUAUGAACUGUUUUUUAAAAAUUUUUCAAAAAUGCAUUGUUAA